AUGGAUGUAGUUACAGAAGAACAAGCUGCAUUCAGAGAGGAGAUGGACUCUGUCAAAAGCAAGAUCGAGCAGAUCUUUGAGGCUAUACAAGCUCUGGCUAGAAGGGAAGAAGAGGCUCGUGUUGCUGCUGCUGCAAGGAACGAUGCUCUAGUUCAAGGGGUUGCUCUUCAGUCAGGACCUUCAGUUCCUAUUCCAAAUCCCGUUAUCUACGGUCUUCCUCCAGGCUUUGUUCCACCGCUUGAAAGAACUCAUGUGCCUCCACCUGCGCAUACUUCUGGAGUAGUUGAUGGAGUCGCUGCGCAAGGACCACUGGUAGUCAAUCAAGUGGUCAUUCCCCGUACUGAUGAGGAGCUCCAAGACGAGUUUGAAAUGCAGAAUUACAAUGGAGCUACUCCAGUGGUCAUCCCUACUGCUGCCCAAGAUUCCGAGGCUAUCUUGAUGUGCCGUGCUCUGGCCAAAAAGCUAAGAAUCUUGGAAGGACAUAACUCAACCCGAUUGAGUGCCUUAGAGAUGUGUCUGGUCCCAGACGUGGGCCAAUAUUACGAAAGAUUGAUCAGUAGUGUGUCCACAGGAUUUUCUGACAUGGUGAUCGUGGGAGAAAGAGUAGAAGAAGGACUGAAAAGUGGUAAAAUCCAGGGAGGUUCCAGCAGUCAACCAAUCUUGAAGAAGCCUUUCAACGGAUUCAAGAGGAAGGAGGGUGAGACUAGUGCCAUUUCUUCUCAGAGGAGGGUACCACCCAGGGCUCCUGCUCCUCUGCCUUAUUAUCAGUACCCUUACGUAGCAGCUGCUCAAUAUCCAACCAUGCCUUAUCGUCCAAUUGCUCAUGUUCCUAUUCCAGCUCCGAUACCUCACUAUCAAGUUCCAGUUCCUCAAUAUCAAGCUCCACAACCUCAAUUCCAGGCUCCUCCACCUCAACAUCAACAGAGAAAUCAACCACGUCCAGUUCAGCAACAACGACCAAAUCAACAGAGGCCAUAUCAACAGUACAAUAAUGUUAAUACCACUCCUAUCCCAAUGAGUUACACUCAAUUGCUACCGUAUCUGAUUCAGAAUGGGACUGUCGUGCCAAGGGAAUUACCUCCAAUGCCAAAGCCGCAUAAGCCUUGGUAUGAUGAGAAUGCUAGAUGUGCCUUUCAUGCUAAUUCAGAGGGUCAUACAACAGAGAAUUGCAAGGUGUUCAAGCUUCAGGUCCAAGAGUUGAUAGAUCAGAAAAUUUUGUCUUUUGCUGAUGUUCCAAAUGUGGGGAACAAUCCUUUGCCUAAACAUGAUAGUUCAAGUGUCAAUGCUAUAGAAAGUUCAACUGAUGAUGGAUUGAUAAAGGAUGUGUUCAAGUUGAAGACUCUUUUAACAGUGGUCCAUGCUAGAUUGAUGGAAGCAGAAUUGAUGAAUGGAGUACAUGAUAGUUGUGUGGUAUGUUCGUCCAACCCUGAUCAAUGUGGUGAAUUCAAAAGUUAUCUUCAACGUUUGAUGGAUCAACGGGUUAUUCAGUUCACUAGAGAAAAGAUUGAUGAAGAUGUUGCUGUGGUUGUGCCUGUGUUUGAUCAAGAGAGGCUUCCCAAGCCUUUUGUGGUCCCUUAUCAGAGAAAUGUUGACCUAGAGCCAGUGAAGAAGAUUGAGCCCAUGGUUAUCCAUGUUCCCGCUCCAUUCUCAUUUGAUAGUACCAAAGCCGUGCCUUGGAACUAUGAGCCUGUAGUUUAUGUGGGUAACAAACCAGUAAUCUUGAAAGAGCCAGAUGUGACUAACAUCGCUGGAGCUAGUGGUGUGACUCGAAGUGGAAGGGUUUUCGCUCCUGAAGUAAUCCCAAACAAAGAAAGUGCACCAACAGUUGAACCAACGAAGGGGAAAGAGGUGAAUCCUCCAGAAGCAGGAGAAGGCUCAUCUAAGAAAGCAGUGACUGUUGAAGAGGAUAGAGAAUUCUUAAAGAUCAUCAAGAAGACUUAUGUGGCAGAAGAUAUCAGUGUUAUUCAGUUUGAUAAUAUGGUUGCUAAUCUCAAUGCUAGUAGUUGUUUGAUGUUCACUGAUGAUGAUUUACCCCCUAAUGGGCGAGAACAUAAUAUGGCGCUUCAUAUCUCCAUUCAGUGUACAGAUGUCACUUUGGCUCGAGUACUGGUAGAUACAGGUAGACCUUGGAUCAGUGCUGCUGGAGCUGUCACCUCGACACUUCACCAGAAGCUGAAGUUUGUUACUUCUGGUAAGCUGGUAUCAGUAUCUGGAGAGGAAGAUAUUUUCGUCAGCCAUUUGACUUCUUUCAGAUACAUUGAAGUAGGUGAAGACAUUGUUGAAACUCCUCUCCAAGCCCUUGAAGUGGUCAAUGUGGUCCAGACUAAGCCGAAACUGGUUGAAGCACCCAAGAGGGUCAUGUCCUCGUGGAAGAGUGUGAAAUCUGCAAUUGAAGCUGGUUGCCCUGGAAGUUGGGGCACAUUGAUUGAAUUACCAGAGAAGAAAGACAAGUGUGGAUUAGGAUAUCAGCCGUCUAUUGAACUUUUCAAAGAUCAGAAGAUACAUCAGGGGAAGGUUCCUAGCAUCCAGGAAAUAUUCUUCAAAGCUGGUUUCCGAAGUGAUGAUCAAGUGAAUGCUCUUGAAGAUGAAGAUCCAGAUUUGUCCAAGAUGGUGUUUCGUGGACCUUCGGAUGCUGCUCUCACUAACUGGAAGGCAACAGAUGUUCCGGAUAUAGUUUCUUGUUCAAAGUAA